GCGCGCCAGACGCACGCGCGAGUUCGGCCGUUGCGUUUUUACGCGGGAAAUAUUUACGUCAUUGUUUACGUGAACUUUUAAUAAAACUGCAUAAAUGAAUGCCUAUACACUGAAAUAAAUACAGAAUGGAUUACAAAAUGGAGAUUAUUGCGCUACUUUUAUGCGCUAUGUGUGCACUUGUGGCAUCAAUCACAAUCACACCCAACGGAAACAGUCCAGAAAUAAAAAUGGUAGGAGGAAUGUCAGUGGACAUGCAUGAUGGUUUCAUACCAAUGGAAUCUAAAGUAGAAGAAACCACUGUUAGAACAAGUCGUGGAAGAAAACGAAAAGCCAAUAACUCUACAAAAUUAUCUAUCAAUGAAAGAUAUAGAAGACUGAUACCCUACAUGACAUUUUACUAUGCUAAUGAUUUGGCAACACCAACGACUGACAAUGUGAAGGAGGUAGAGGUGGAAAAGGCAGAAAUAGUUGAGACUGGGGCAAUAAAUCCCACAGAUUACCGUGAGCCCAAGAAAAUUAUCUACACUAACAGAAACAUUCCCAGAUAUCAGGGUAACCGAUUGACUCAGCAUAACAUCGCAUCAGCCAAUCCAACAAAAAUAUAUUACAAAGGUGGUGUACCAGUGUACCAAAGUCCGAGUAAGGUUUCUCAAAAUUACAAUCCAUUACUGUCGGACUAUAACGUGCAGCUACACAACGAUUAUGAUACUGGGAGAGUGGUUCAUAAACAGAUAUCAAAAUCUCCUGGCUUUGCAUUUGUAUCUUCGACACGAAAACCUUAUUUAAAUCUGUAUAAUGAGGACUCGCCUAAUAUCAGAUAUUAUUUAUCAGAAAAACCAAAAUAUAAGUUGGUGCCUUAUGAGCAAACGCCUCCCAUUAAAGUCCCCGAAAAUGAAAAUGCUUAUGACAUAACGAAAAAACCAGUACCAGUAUCUGUGUUAAUACCUAAAGAGCAAGUUUACUUAAAGCCAAGACCGGCUCGACCUCAUUACGUUUAUGAUAAUAUUGACGUUCAACAAGCCACUAUCAGGAAACAACCUGCGAUCGUUUCCGAAAGUUACUACGAGAAACAACGUCCUCCGCUCUCGUUGCCCCAACCUGUAAUACAAAGUGGAUUUAAACCGAUACUCCAUGCACCUCAAUACUCUAAGGAAAGUACAGUUUAUUCGUCCAAUAUACCAGAGAGUGGUAAUUCAGAAUUUGAAUUUCAAAAACAACAGGAACCACAUGUACAGUCGGCACCAAAUGUAAAUUAUGACGAUUUUAAGCCUCAAUACUAUCAGUAUGUUGUAGAUCAGACCACUAUAAAACCCCCACAGCAAGUCACUUCCAACGCAAUACCACUAGCUACAUUACUGAAUUCCCUCCAACUAAACAAGUCUAUUCCGAAGCCUAUCACAAAAGAAAACGUGGGCGCGUCUAUUAGAACUUUACUGCAAGUAUUGAAUGUUUUAAAAGCUGUCCCACAGCAAAACAAUAUUGAAGCACCAAUCUUAAGCACUCCAAAACCAUUUGUGCCUUCUAAGGCUGUCAAAGUUAUAGCUGAACCUGUAAAAGAAAUUCAACCAGAAGCUGAACGUGAAGAGAAUCUGCCUGAUGAGGAGUUUCCAGCAGAACCUUAUCUGGAUCCUGUGAACCCACCAUCCCAACAUCUUGAUGAAGUAGCAUCUGGCGGUGGUACCAGCCAGCAUUUCCCCUUGCAACAGGCGUCAGAUGACGAGGGCGGUACUCCGGGGCGGCCGGGCAUCGACUAUCCCAUUCUCACUACAAUUCCGACGACAAGCUUCGACUGCAAGACUCAGCGGUACAAAGGCUUCUUCGCAGAUCCUGAGACCCGUUGCCAGGUUUGGCACUACUGUGAUUUGAACGGUGGGCAGGCAUCAUUCCUGUGCCCCAAUGGGACGAUAUUCUCCCAAGCGGGGCUCACUUGCGACUGGUGGUUCAACGUGCGCUGUGCAUCUACCACGCAGCUUUACGUGCUCAACGAGAGCCUUUACAAAUACAUCCUGCCGCACUCGCCGAAGUUCCCCGAAGAUUACAGCGGGCCCCUGGUUGAUAAAUAUUUAAGUCUGAAGUUUAAAGAAAUGGAGGAACAAUUCAAAAAGAACAAAAACAAGCAGAGCGCUUCCGAAAAGACUGACUCUGAUGAAGAGGAAUCGGAUGACUCUAGUGAAAGUUCUACUGAAACGGAAGAUUCCAGUGACGAGAAAAACAGUGAACCUAGCAAGGCAGGAGAAGGCGCAGUCAGUGAGGCCAGCGUCGUGGUGGGUUCACCGGGCGAAAGUGGCAAAGUUGAAAGGCUACAAGACUAAAAUCUCACAUAAACUGUACAGAAAUGAAAACGUUCCUUAAAACGUAUUUACUGCACACAAGAAAACUGCUCGCAGUUUCAUUAUCUGGGUUGAAAGCUUCGAUGUCACCUCUUACAUUAACAACUGGAUGUCCCCUCUGAAUCAUCAUUUAAAAUGUGCAAAAACAUUAUAUGAAUUGGAUAAGUGUGCCAAUGAGAUUUAACUGUAACGGAUGUCCAGUUAUAGAGAAGCUGCAGUAUUUAAAUUUAAUUUAAUUAGGACUAGAUUACUACGUGUAAUUCCUCAAAUGGGAAGAAGUCAUUUUGCAAAAAUAUUUGAACACCAAUUUUUGACUGUCGAUAAGUGUCGUGACUUUGAGUUUUGGACUGUGAUUGGGUUUCCCGAUUCGGGAGUCUAACAAUCAGUCAGUGACUGCUAGCAAUUGAUUGAUUUCAACAAAUGCUGUGUUCUUAGAUUAAUCUUGAUCCACUGUCUAUAAUGACGCGUGUAAACACAUUAGGGUUUCCUCAACCUGACCACGUAAUCGUACAUAACACAACUUAUUCUUUCUAGAGGAUCUUUUGGAAUGUGAUAGUGGAUCGAGUGGAGAUUUUGAUCGCACUUUUUAUUGCUUUUAAGUAUGCAAUCUUCAAUCAAUAAACAGAGCUACAGUUAUCAGAAUAUUUUCCGUUAAUGCCAUCGCACGAAUGGCUUAGUGAGUCAUCUAGAGUAAUAAAAUCUCGUAAAUGCAAAGGGAGUAGGUAUAGCUACAUUACUAACUGUGAUAAGUAGAUGGCUAAAACCUGUGUGCUUGCUCCUAUGCAAAUAGCAAGUAAUUUGUGACUGACUGUAUUGCCAGAUAUGUGAAUGUUGGUAAAUCUGUAGUUAUUUAUUUUUGCCAUUUGCCACUGUCAACUUCUUUCUUAAAUUAUAACUAGUAUUAGGGAAUUAAACUUGCCAUAUAUUGCCAUGUUUAAUUCAGAUUGAAUGUAGGUAUGUGUGUUUAGAUGACUUUGAGCAGAAAGUAACUUAAUUGUAAUGCUAGUAUUUAUAGUGGAAUACUCAUAGUGAUAUUUGUGCAAUGUGUAAAUAAAUCACACCUAUUGUAUGUUUUGCCAUUAACAACAUGAUAAUUACUAAACUGUGCAAUAAAAUUAUUUGAUAUCAGA